UGAGCCCUGACAAAAGAGAAGCUUUCAUACACAUUAAAAACACUUAAACACAGAUACGUCUACAAUUUCUUUUUCCAAGCGUUUUUUCUGUUCGUGCAAUGGAGACGUUCAAGGACCUUCUGCAGCUCUAUCCUCAAGUGCUGUACAGCGCCACAGCGUUCGUGGCCGGCGGCGUGCUCAUCUACAAGCUUGCUAACAGGAAAAAGCCCCAGAAUGCUACAGUGAACUGUUGGUUUUGCAAUCAGGACACAGUCGUUCCAUAUGGCAACAGGAACUGUUGGGACUGCCCCAGCUGUGACCAGUACAAUGGAUUUCAGGAUAACGGGGACUACAACAAGCCCAUUCCGGCCCAGUACACAGAGGAUCUGAACCAUGGAGUGUCUGGCAGUAUUCCUACUCAGGUGACUCUUGGCACCAUGCAGUGGGUAAACUCCAAGAUGCUCCUGUGCAGGAAGUGCAACCACAACCAGUCAACUAAAAUCAGGCUGCUGGCCUCUUUCAUACCAAAGGAUGAUGGGAACUACGACGAGGAGAUUGACGCUUACAAGUGUCACUUGGAGGAGCACUACAAACUAUGCAGGCCUUGUCAGGCAGCUGUGGACUAUUACAUUAAACAUCAGAACCGCCAGCUUCGGUCCGUGCUGCUCAGCAAACAUCUUAAACACACUCAAGAGUCACUCAAGGGCUUCAUAAAGGGCUCCCUCUCUGCAUCCUGUUCUCUGGCUGUCGUCCUGCUUAGAUGUCUCUCGUUCCUCGUUUGUGCUUUUCUGCUCGCUUUGACUUUCUCGGCCGACCGGCAGACUUCAAACGGAGGACUGAAUCAUUCCCAAUCAAUCGCCCACAACGUGUCCGCCACCAAAAAUGGCAGCGAUGGAGUCACACAGUCAUGGCAGAGUCUGCUGGACCUCCUCCCGGUUACACUUGUAGAGGAUGCCAAGCUCUUGUGGCUCUUCGGACAAGCUAAUCAGAUGGCGGUCAUUUGUGUCGGCCUUUCAUCGUGCCUCAUUGGUCUCCAAUUAGCAGGAGCGGCCAGGUUGAGGAGAAUUGAUAUAGUGUCUUCGGUGCUGUGGUUCCUGGUUUGUUGUUGGCACCUGUUGGCAGCGUACGUCGAGGAUGACGCCUCCAGCUGGCCUGCCACACACGUCACCACCGUGCUGUGUUGCCUUGUCAGCUUUGCCGCCGCCGUAGCCACACGCAACCCUUUGAGUCAACGAAGAGGCAGAUAUCGAAGGUCAGAAUCUCAGCGCUGAUGUACUGUACUUUGCACGAUGAUUGUUGUUGCUUCUUCGCAUUCUUUCUUCAUCUUUCACAAAACCAGAAUCAUGCAGAAAUGUGGGUCACUUUUGAGUGGGACACAAAACAAUCUCACCGUCAACCUUAAAUACUCCUUGUGUAGAGUACUCAAUGUUUUUACAAAUAGGACUUACCGUAAUUUUUGGACUAGAAGUUGCUCCGGACUUUGAGCCACAACAGUAAAAAAAACAAACAAAAAAAAAGCAUAAUGAAGAAGAAAAUGGAUCUGUAUGUCACACUGGACUAUAUCACAUUUUUAGGGAAAAACUAGACCAAAAACAUUUGCGCUUGAACUUAGGUAAAAAAAUUCCUGUUACCUAAUUCUGUUGACCACAGUGAACAAGUUCUGGUUGGAUUCAAAACUUUUGCUUCGAACAAGUUUUUCUUUUUAGUUUAAAAUGGC